UUACAGUCGACCAUUAUUUUGUCUCCAAAAGUAAAACUACAAAAGCCUUCUUCUUCACUUCCAUUGUCUCUCAAACAGAUUAUGUUUCUUUAGGUUUUGUUUUGUCGAAACAGCUCAACCGUACCUUAGCUUGCAAGAAAGAGAUAUGGAUAGGCUUAUUAGUUUGGAGCCAUCAAACCUUGUUGCCAUCAGGAUCGAACAGGGGCAGAAAUGUUUCGGUGAGCUUACCUUGCGCAACGUUAUGUACACCAUGCCGGUCGCGAUCCGGAUUCAGCCGGUUAACAAGGGUCGGUACACUGUCAAGCCUCAAUCGGGAAUCAUUGCGCCGCUAGGGAAACUGACUGUGGAGAUUGUGUAUCAUCUCCCUCCUGGUUCGCUUCUUCCGGAAUCGUUUCCUCAUAGUGAUGAUUCUUUCGUUCUGCAUAGCGUCGUGGUUCCCGGCGCGGCGAUCAAAGAUUCCACGUCGAGCUUCGAUGUGGUCCCGAAUGAAUGGUUUACGACAAGGAAGAAACAGGUGUUUAUUGAUAGUGGUAUCAAGGUCAUGUUUGUUGGUUCGCCUGUUUUGGUUCAACUUGUGAUGGAUGGUUCAAUGGAUGGAAUUAGAGAAAUAUUAGAGCUUAGUGAUCCUACAUGGAAACUAGUUGAUUCAGUUGAUUCCCAGGGACAAACAUUGCUUCAUAUUGCCAUAGCUCAAAGCAGACCGGAUAUUGUCCAAUUACUGCUUGAAUUCGAGCCCGAUGUCGAGUUCCGGAGUCGGUUGGGCUCUACCCCGCUCGAGGCUGCUGCAGGCUGCGGAGAAGAAUUAAUUGUUGAAAUUCUAUUGGCACAUAACGCUAGUACAGAACGAUCGGAGUCCUCUCUUUGGGGUCCGGUUCACCUCGCAGCGGCGAGUGGCCAUAUUGAAGUACUUAGACUUCUUUUGCUCAAAGGGGCUAACGUUGAUGCCCUCACAAAGGAUGGCAACACUGCCUUACACCUCGCUGUCGAGGAAAGACGAAAAGAUUGCACUCGUCUGCUAUUAGCCAGCAGUUCCAACCCCAAUGUCCGCAACACAAGAGACCGGGAUACACCACUGCAUAUCGCGGCACAAUUAGGCAACGAGAAGACAGUUAAGUUUUUACUUCGAAAGGGUGCGAACAAGGAUAUCCAGAACAAGACAGGCAAAACUGCCUAUGACGUUGCUGCCGAAUACGGUCACACUCACCUUUUCGAUGCACUCAAGCUCGGUGACAGCUUAUGUUUAGCCGCUCGUAAAGGCGAAGCAAGAACCAUCGAGAGUCUGAUUGAGAACGGUGCGGUAAUCAACGGAAGUGAUCAACAUGGAUGGACCGCCUUACAUAGAGCAGCGUUCAAAGGAAGAACUGAUGCUGUAAGGAUGCUGAUUGACAAGGGAAUUGAUAUCGACUCGACAGAUGAAGACGGAUACACAGCUUUGCAUUGUGCAGCGGAAUCAGGCCAUGUCGAGGCAGUGGAAUUGUUGGUGAAGAAAGGAGCAGAUGUGGAAGCAAGGACUAACAAAGGUGUCACAGCACUGCAAAUUGCGGAUUCGUUGCACUAUGCAGGCAUUAGCAGGAUACUGAUCUGUGGUGGAUAUGGAAAAUCGGAGAAAGAGGUUGAAAAGAAGGCGGCACUGGUGAAGAGGAGGCCGUCGAGAAGGAGAGCCUUGCACGGUAGCUCUGACAGGUCGCUACCAUUGGCAGUGAUAUAAACUUGCUUAAAUCCGGCUCUAACUUUCCUUGCAAUACCAUUAUUUAACACGGUGACUA